GUUCGUCAAAUUUAAAGUAAAUUAUAAAAAAUAUACAUUAAAUACAUGAAAGUAUCUUUAUAAACUUUGGCAUAAAUUUUUGAAGAAGCGAUGGCCGCAAGCACUUGUGUCCUUUUGGCUAUGCUCCUGUGGAUCCUUUUUGCCGCGGUCCAGUCGGCGGAAUGGGAGGACAUCCACUACGAUCCGAACCAUCCUGGUAAGUGCACCAUCAACCCGGGACUCGUCCUCAAUCCGGGGGUUAGCAUCAAGGAUCCCACGCACGAGUGCCGCAAAAUCUUGUGCGGCCUCAACGGACGUGUCGUUUACCACAGCUGCGGAGUGAGCAUCCUGUCGCCUCCUUGCCGCUACGGUGACUACAUCAAUCCGGAUCUUCCCUAUCCUGACUGCUGCAGCAGGACCCUACUUUGCAACUAGGCAGGCCAAUCGUGCGUUUUCAA